CGCGAGUUCGGAAGAUUUAAUUCAGGAAACACGAUCCGAACCUCGGGACGCCGGCUGACGAAGGAGAAGGAGAACGCCACCACUGUCGCUUGAUUGGGGGGCAACGAAGGCGCGAUUAAUACGAAUCCCUGAUUUCGAGUACUAGGCGAUUGCGAUUUUGACCAUUUUCCCCCUUCAUUUGAAAGAUCUUAGGGUUCUGAUCCUGACUCCCAUCUGGAGAGAUUCGAUCGCUCUGAGGUCUAUCGUUCACAGAAUUUAGAUGCCACCGAGGCUGAGUUGAUCUCCGCAACGGCGCUUAGUUUGUAAUUGCUCCUUGCUAAUCCCAUGGAUAAAAGCAAGAAAUCAGAUCUCCUUGCCGCUGGCCGCAAAAAGCUUCGACAAUUUAGACAGAAAAAAGACCAAAAGGGCGGCAAUAAGGAUGCUCAAUCCUCGAACCGAGGCAACAAACAGGACAAGGACGCUCAUGCCAACGAGUUGAUGAAUACCAUAGAACCUGAGGUUGCCACCUCAACUUCGACUGUUGAAUCCGAUGUAUUGACAACGGAUACAUUGGAUCCGUCAGUCGUGGUCAGCAGUGUGGAUUUUCCAACUGUGAACUCAGGAGAAGUGGUUGAUCGCAGAGCUCUGGAUGACGGGAAGGCUCUUGAAAGAGUGGCCAUUGAACCUCCUGCUGUUGAAAUCUCAUCUUCCGCUUUGGAUAUAGAUAAAGAGGAAGCGAAAUCUUAUGGUAUGGAACAAUGUAAUGGAGAGAGCUCAGAAGUUGGAAUUCCAGCUGUGGAAAAUAGGGUGGAUGAGGCUGGUGGAAGUUCACUUGGAUUAGCUUUGGAUACUGAUGUAGAAAAAGUGGAAGCUUCAACAAUUGAACCUGGUUCUGUUCUUGCAGUAUCUCAAGCUCUGGUUGGAAGGUCUUCUCUUCCUGUUGAAAUUGAUAAUGAUACAGGUAUUCCUGUAACUUCAUCUGAGAAGAAUGGAGAUAAUCAUGACACGGAGCAAAAUGAAAUGCCUAAAGACCUUGAUUCUUCUUUAGAUCUUGAUGAAAGGAUUGACAAAGAGGCCACGGUACUUCCUGCCCUAACUGAAGACACUCAGGAGGUGGAUACCAGUAGUUACCAUGAAAAUGAAAGAAUUCUAGCUCAGGUUUCACCAGGUAAGGUUAUUCUGAUUGAAAAAAGUCUAGAAAUGUCAUUUUCAAAUCGAACCACUGUAGAUGAAAACUUGGAGGUUCCAGGUUUCACUCAACCUACUUCUGAUCAUACUUCUUCAUUGAUAGAAAGUGCUGAGGUUCCAUUUUCUCAUGAAAAUGACUCUGCCCAUGGGGAGGAAAAUGCAUCUGCUAUAGGUGAUUCUGAGAUCCUUAAUGAAGACAGGAGCAUACAGAACACCAUAGGAGAGGCUAUACGUUGUGAAGGCAGGUCAAGUGAAACACCUCCAGGAGAAUUUUCUUCAUCUCAGGAGAUGGGUGAGAUUUUCAAGGAAGAUGUCUGCCACCCUAUUUUUGGUUCAACAGAUCUAGUUUCUUCAUUAGCAAUCUGUCCUAUGGAAACAUGUGUCAGUGGUCUUGAAGAUGAGUUCGAGACUAUUAGAAGGCAUCUUUACUUAGCAAACAUUUCAAGGGACUUUCUCCAGUUUCAAUUGGAAGUGGAAGCUGAGUUGCACGAAGACUCCUGCAAGCAGUCUGCUGCUGAACUCUCAAAACUCUAUGGUUUACUUCAAGAAUCUCAGGAAAAAAAUGCUGUUGCUAAUGAGGAGCUGGCACAAUUUGGAUCAAAGUUUCAAGAUAUGACUGCUGCAAAGGAAAAACUUGAGAUCAGAUUACUUUGCAGAGAACAAGAAUUUGAAGCACUCAAUAAUAACUUUGCAGAGUUGCAGAAUAAAUUUGAAGUGUCCCAACAGGAGAUGGCACAUCAGUUGGAGGAGUUAGCCGCUUGCCAGAAUUCUCUUGAAAUUUUACAGAAAGAAAAUGUAAAGUUAACUACAAGGCUCGCCUUAGAAAUAGAUGCAAGGAAUGCAAUUGAUGAGGAAAAGGAGUUUUUGGCAAAUGAGAAUGCAAGAAUUGUUUCUAAAUUGAUGGAAAAGAAUACUGCACUUGAAAAACAAAACCACCAUGAGUAUACUAGCAAGGAGUCAGAGAACUUUGAUCAACUUGCAGAGCUGAACCUGUAUCUGUCAAGCAGUUUGGCUGUCCAUGAAGCUAAGCUAAAAGAGUUGGGGUAUGGACCCUUUAAAUCAUCCAACAUCUCAAUAGAAGCUAUGUUGCAUGAAACUGAGUAUUGUGUGAGGGAAAACAGUCAUGAUUAUACAGAUAGUUCUGUCAUGGGAGUUCUGAAUGACUGCUUGCAAGAGGCCAAAGAUAUACUGCAGAGUCUUGAGAAGUCAAUUGAAGGAAUGCACUUACAAUCAUUGUCCUUGGGGCCAGAUGGAAGAGCCGGAGCAUCUGGUGUAUCAAAGCUUAUACGAUCAUUUGAAGAAAAACAAAAGCCUGACAUUGCAGAAGAAGAGCUUCAAAUGUCUAAAGGUGGGCAAUCAGAUAAUUCAUAUUCAGCAAUGAAGGAGCAAAUGUCCUGUCUUAGAGUUGCAAUUGAGCGGAUAGAACUGGAAAUCGGAAAAGUUGAGGCACAUAGGGUAGAACAAUCAAAUAAUAUAUCUAUCUUAAAAAACUUUCAGAUGGAUUCUCAAGCUCUCAAGAAGAAAAGUGAUACUCUCGAGGAAAAAAUUGAUGUUCUUGUAGACCAGAUGUCUAGUAAUUCAUGCAGAGUACAGAACUUUCAAGAUCGGUCUGAUGAAAUACAACAAGAUGCUCAUGAUAAGAUGGAGAAGAUUUUGAGUGAAAUAGAACAGAUGCAAAUAAAAGUUAAUGAUGAACUUUCUACUCUUAGGUGUGAAAGAGACACACUCAAGGCAGUGACUUUUGGGGCCAUUGAAAAGUUAAAUAAAUAUACUUUAUUUCAGAUUUCUGAUAAUAUUGAUAUAGCUUCAUUUUUCAUGGCUUCAGUUGAUGCUGCUGUAGAAUUGAUCAACAAUCUGCAAGAGAAGUUAAUUGCUUCUAAUUUGGAGAGUAAUACUCUCCACAAUUCAUAUAAUGAACAAAACAAAUUAGUAACUGCUCUAGCAGGGAGGGAACAGUUUUAUUCUAGUCAAAUGCAUAAAUUGUAUGUAAGCCUUUGGGAACUGAUCAAGGAAUCAUGUGAAAGCAGUGGGGCACCUGAUACUGAUCUGAGAGGUGAGGAAAUUUUACAAAAUUUGCCUGAAGGUUUUGAAGCACUUAGUAUGCAUUUAAAGAAGUUGUUGGAUGAACGGCUGUUCUUCCUAUUUAAAAGUAAUGAUUUAGAGUCAAUGUUAUUGACCAAAAAUGAAGAGAUCCAAGAGCACUUUGGGAAAUAUAAUUCUUUGGUGAAAAGAUUGGAUGACUUACAAAGAGUCAAAAAUGAAACUGAUUCAUUUUUGCUGAAGAAAGAAGUUGUUAUUGAGGAGGCUAAGGAAAAAUGUAUUGCUUUAAUCAGAAAAUUGGAGUAUCAUAAAUUAAAUAUGGUUCUUUCUGUGCCGCAUAAGUUGGCUGUCAGUGAUGAACUCACUCAAGUUGUUGAUUUCGGUGAUAAUGACCUCUUUCGUUCUUUGCUGCAGCUAGAGACAUUGAUUGUUUUUUAUAUUCAGGAACAUGAAGAGGCACUUGAGGUUAUUGAUCUUUCAAAGAAAUGUUUAUUGGAAGCGAAUGUAUUUCCUCAUAUUCCUGAUCAUCAUUGCUCAUUGCAAUUACCUACCUUGAUCCAGGAAGAUUUUAUACCUAGAUUGUGUGAAUUGCAGGACCAGCUGGACUUGCUAUGUAUGUCAAAUAUCAAUUUUGAAAUUGAGUUACAAUUCUUCAAAGAAUAUACAAGUAGGCUGAAGUAUGCUCUUGAAGCUUCUCAUUCAGAGUUGCUUCUAAAAGUUUCUGAGCUAGAACUAUCAGAGCAAAGGCUUUCUUCGGUCAGAGAGAAGCUUAGUAUUGCUGUUGCAAAAGGUAAAGGAUUAAUUGUCCAGCGAGAUAAUCUCAAGCAGGCUUUGUUGGAGAAGUCAACUGAUCUUGAAAAGUGCUUACAUGAGUUACAAUCUAAAGAAGCAUUGCUGCAGGAAGCUGAGGGCAAGCUCAAGUCUUAUUCUGAAGUGGAUCGAAUAGAAGCUCUUGAGUCUGAGCUAUCUUAUAUAAGAAAUUCUGCGACUGCAUUGCGAGAUUCUUUUCUUCUAAAGGACUCUGUACUUCAGAGGAUUGAAGAAGUUUUGGAAGAUUUGGAUUUGCCUGAGCAAUUCCAUGCUAGAGACAUAGUAGAGAAAGUUGAAUUGCUAUCCAAAAUGGCCGUUGGGAAUUCUUCUAUUACUAUGACUGACUGGGAUCAAAAAAGCUCAAUAGGAGGAUCACAUUCUGAUGCUGGUUUUGUGAUCAUGGAUUCUUGGAGGGAAGAUUCUCAAGCAAUUCCAAAUCCAGGUUUUGAUGAAUUAAAAUGUAAAUUUGAGCAGUUAGAGAGGAACUUUUACAGUCUGGCUGAGCACAAUGAAAUGCUGGAACAGUCUCUAGUUGAGAGGAAUAACCUUGUGCAGAAAUGGGAAGAGAUGCUGGAUAAUAUUAACAUGCCUCCACUAUUAAGUACGUUGGAACCAGAAGAUAAAAUUGAAUGUUUAGGAAACAUACUUACUGAGGUACAACAGGAAAGAGAUGCAUUGAGAUUAAAGAUCAAGGAUCUUGAGGCUUCUUCAGAGAUUCUCACUGUUGAUUUAGAAGAGUCGUACAAAAAGUUAUCAGAAGUUAGUGCAGAGAUUGUAGUUAUUAAAUCUGAAAAUGAUAUACUUUCUGAGAAACUGAAUAUGCUAAACUCUGAAUGUCAUGAUCUUUCAGAGAAAGUUGCUCAACAUAAUGUUAGCAGAGAUCAUUUCCUAAGAGAAAUAAAUAACCUUAACGAGAAGUUGACAGAGAAGGUGCAAGAGAACCUGCAACUCCAUGAUAUGGAAAAUGAGAUUUCGAGAUUGCUUGAUUUGGUAAGUAAUGCAGUUCAGGAAUCUGAUCAUUCUACAGUUCCUUCUGAUGUUAGUGCAAUUGAGAGAUUGGAACUACUGCUGAGAAUACUUGUUGAUAAAUACACAAACCUUGUUGCCCUGAAUUCUGUGCCUGAAGAUCAUGCAGAAUCUGUGUCUAAAGAUGCUGCAGAGCUUUUUUCUGCUGAAAGCAAAUUUUCUGUGAGUAUCAGCGGAUCAGGAGAUGUUCUACAUAACAUAGAACAGGAGUUAAACAGUUUGAGAAUAGAAUAUGACAAUGCCAUCUCUAAUCUGAAUUUGAUGACAGAGGAAAGGAAUGAAGUCAUGGAGAAGUGUAAAUUUUUGACUGCAGAAGUAGAGGCAAUUAGUAAACAGAAGAUAUCAUUGAAGGAAGAGUUGACAACGGAAAUUGAAAAGAACAAGUUGUUAUUGUCACAGUUAGAUGUGAUUUGUAAGGAAAAGGAUGCCUUGAGGGAGCAGCUUAUUCAGGAGGAGGAAAAGUUUGCUUCUAUCAGAGAGAAACUAAAUAUUGCUGUCAGGAAAGGAAAAGGAUUAGUACAACAAAGAGAUGGUCUGAAGGAAGAAAUUGAGAAGAUGAAUAUUAAUAUAACACAUUUGAAUUCUGAGAAGAACCAGCUAGUAGAAGCAUUAGAAUCAGAGAAAGAAAUGUUAGAAAAUCGGUUAAAGGAGACUGAACAACAUUUGGCUAAUAGUAAUCAGACAUUAAGUAAAUUAUUAGGGGCUUUGGAUGCCAUUGAUAUCGGGAAAGAAUAUAUUAACAUAGAAGCUGCACAAAAAUUGGAAGAAAUUGGAAAAUUGAAUCUUGAACUGCGUUCAUCAGUAUUUUCUGCAGAACAAGAAGCAAAAAAAGCCAAACGAACAGCUGAACUGCUACUAGCUGAAUUGAAUGAAGUUCAAGAAAGGGCUGAUAUCCUCCACGAGGAACUUGGGAAAGCAGAAGCUACACUCUUUGAGGCAUAUAGACAGAAAGAUGCUGCCGAGUCUGCUAGAGCGGAUGCUUUUCGUCACCUUGAGGAAAUUAAUUUGCUUCAUUCUGAAGAAAGAAAGAAACAGAUUGACAGUCUUUCUGAAUUAAUGUCUGGCAUUGGCCAGGUGAAGGAUAGCUGUUCUGAAUUUUCUGGUCUUGUUGCCGAUUGGUAUAAGAGGGAUUUUGACGUACUAAGUUAUGUCGAGGCUUUUAUGGGGUCUAUUGAGACAGGAAAAGACUUCAAAGCCCCAGUUGAUUUCCGACCUGAUUAUCCACCUCAUGAGGAGAAUUCCAUUCAUGCUCUUUCAAAGUUCACGUCACAUGAACCUCCUGAGAAAUGCUCUAUCACUGAAAAUCUUGUUUUUGGUGUUGAAUGCGUGCUCCACUAUCUGAGUGAGUUCAAUGAGCUAAAGAUAAACACCCAUAAACAAUUCUUUUCACUAGCUGAACAAACAAGCUGCCUGGUGAAAAAGGUGGAUUCUGUGGGAAGGAAGGUUCUGUCUCAAAGGAAAGAAUCUGAGUCUUUAAAAGAAGAGGUAGCUAAACUUGAGUCUACAAUUAUGGUCAAAGAGGCUGAAGUUCGUGCAGUAUAUAGAAAUUUGUUCUUUAUAUACCAACUAUGUAAUGAAUUGAUCAAUGAUAUGGAGAAUGGGCAUACCGGAACAGCUGAAAAUGAGCUGGUCUUUGGAGGAAAAUUUGCGACUAAAUCUGGGAAAUCACCAAGUGAAUACUACUGGCAAAUGUCCAUCGAUGAAAAUACUCCACUCACUGAUGAAGUUAUCAGAUCCUUGGCUGACAGAUUAUUCUUUACUGUUAAGAGCGCUAGAAACAAUGAAACUUCUGAAUGGAAGGCUACAAUUGUGGACUUGCAAAGAGAACUGCAAGAAAAGGAUGCCCAGACAAGUGGAAUUACUGCAGAACUUGUGUCUCAGAUAAGGGAUGCUGAAGCUGUUGCAAGGAGAUCCACUACUGAAUUAGAGUCUGCAAAGACAACUAUCUAUAGUUUAGAGAAGCAGGUUGAAAAAAUGGUUAAUGACAAGAAAUCAUUAGAGUUAAGAGUAUCUGAGUUAAGCAGUUUGGAGACUUCAUUGGAUGAACUAAAUGGAAGGAUUAAAUCUUUAAAUGAUGCAUUAACUGGCAAAGACCAAGAAAUUGAAACUCUCAUGGAAGCACUUGAUGAAGAAGAGGUUCAGGUGGAAGGAUUAGAGAACAGGAACAAGGAGCUACAAAGUAUGGUAGAAGAAAAGACUACUACCUUGGAGAAGCUUGAAGCUUCUCAUGAAAAGUCCUUAGCGAAGCUUUCAACAACAGUCAACAAGUUCGAUGAAUUGUAUAACUUGUCAGAAAACCUUGUUGCUGAGGUCGAAAACCUUCAGUCACAACUGCAAAAUCGAGAAUCAGACAUCUCUUUCUUGCGUCAGGAGGUAACUAGGUGCACCAAUGAACUUCUGGCUUCACAAGAGAGCAACAAGAAGCAUUUAUCUGAAGUAAAGGAGCUUCUAAAGUGGUUAAACAUGACCAUCUCUCGUUUUGGAUUGACCGAUUUUCACAUGAAUGGUGAUGAAAAUCAGAUACAUGCAUUCACCAACAUUCUGGACAAGUCAAUAACAUCAAUUAUGGCUGAAUUAGAUGAUUUGCGUGUUAAAGUUAGUCAACAAACUAGAAGGGCCUUGACAGGGCCUUCAGAAGUUGAACAAAUGGUACAGAAAACUGAACCUGCAUCGGCAGGUGUCGUGACACAUGUGCGCACGGGGCGGAAAUUCAACAAUGACCAAAUUGCCAUUGCCAUAGAUGUAGAAAAAGGUGAAAAUGUUAUUGAUGAUGAGGACGAUGACAAAGCACAUGGCUUCAAAUCGCUGACAAUGUCACGUUUUGUACCAAGAGUUUCUAGGCCUAUAGCAGAUAAGAUUGAUGGGAUAUGGGUGUCAGGAGACCGGCUACUAAUGCGCCAACCUACAUUACGCAUUGGAGUUCUAUUAUAUUGGAUCGCCCUUCAUGCAUUGCUUGCUAGUCUCAUUUGAAGAAAGAAUCGGCUAUAUCUUGGACUACAAUCGCCUGGCUGAUCAGUGGCCUCAACUCUAAGUUCUUGAGCAAGUGUGAUGUGAUUCUUUUAUUACACAUCAAACAAUUAAACAGACAAUUUUUGGCCGUAUGCAGCAAGAGUGCAAAGGUUGCAGUCAAAGAAGUGCUAUACAAACAUCAGUAUUCAUUGUAGAUUAUUAUCAUUCUUUUUGUUCUUUUUCUUUUCCUCAAAUGUAUUCAUGGAAUACCAAAUUCUAUAGUGAUGGAAACACUAGGUACCAUGGCAACCCACAGGUGUGCUCUUGUGGUUCGAAAGAAUGAUGAACCUUGGGAGCAUUACUACAAAAUUGAUAUCAAACAGAAAUGCUAUAUAUGCAAGUUAGAUUCCUGUUGUUUAA